AAGGAGGCGUGGAAUUAGUAGAAUGGAGCCUGGAAUUAGCAGCUCCUCCAUAAAACCCUGCAAGCAGCAAAACUGGUACUGUGUGCUUAAACCCUUUGAAGGUUUGACCACGAUGUCCGCUUCAACCAUUAUAUCGAGAUUGUCAUCUCGUUCCCAAUCUCUGGUUCUCAAAGUCCACAAAAAUGCAAUGGUACCAGCUUUUUCUCCGUUCAAAUCGGUUAAUCAAUCUCAGGUUUCUCAGUCCGUUAGGCGCGCUCAUGGAAUUUCAAGAUUACCAUUGGAGUUGAGCAGUCUGGUGGGAUCGAUGAUGCCUUUACACAGCGCAAUCGCUUCUGCUCGCCUGAUCUCCAUCCUUUCAGUGGAAUCUCAGAGUUGGGGGAUGAUUCCCCAGGGAAUCUCAAUGCCUUUAUGACAGCAUAUCCUUCUUGAUGAACUAUAUCACCAGACAGAUUUCUGUUGGGCAAGGAUGUCUAGUUUUCACUUUUCCUUUUCCUCUCUACGAACAUCUAAACUUGCGAAAUGAAUUCUUCAGGGAACUCUUGGUCGCCUAUAUGAGCAACUGGUUUGUUUUUUAUGUGGGUUACUACUCUGUUUCCUAACAUGCAUUGUUUCAGAAAGUUUCCUAGUGCUCAACAAGAUGCCAGACCGUUCAAAUAGAAAUACUGUUCAUUCACCUCUAGGUCUCAUGAUUGACAGAUUGUGAGAUGUUCCAACUGUAGAACUGUUGAAUCUUCUGUCUAAAAUUUAUAAGCCUGGACAAGUAUAGUUAGAGAGGCAUUUUGCUGCUUCGGUUUAUUCUCCUGGACGUUCAAACUGAAGAUGCGUGGAUAUAGCUAUGUAACUUGAGGAACAGAAUUCGAUGAAAAACCUAUUAUUUGCAUGGAAUUGAUGACCUGGUCUUGUUUGACUGCGA